GCUUCCAAACCAGUUAUGGAUGCCUCAGACCCAUCGUUCUUCUCUACUCCAGAGCUCUCCUAUGACGACACACUUUCGUAUUCGGAACAAAUCCCAACCACUAUAUCAGAAUCGACGUCCGUGGCCGAAUUCCUCGAUGAGUCGUCUUCGACUGAGCCACAUGGACCGUCUCUAGCGGACCGCAUAGGCAGGGGAAAAGUCUAUCUGUUAGAAGAUGUCACAGCAUCAGCGAGUACUUCAAGGACUUCCAAGAGGAAGAGAGGAGAUGAAGCGGCUUCAGAAGAUGUGGCUGAAGGCCUCGAAGAGGACAUGGAUGCGGACAGCAACAGACGCGCAAAUGCUCUACUGCUACAGGGAUCACCUAUAACCCAUCUCCCUACCGCUCGAAUCUUUGCCUACGCGACCCACUUCGACACCCACCCCAUAGGUCUCGAAUGGAUCUCUGAUACAACAUGCAUUCUCGUCUUCCCUUCAUCGUCAUCUGCGCGCAUCGCCUACUCGUCACUACAGAAGACUAAAGUCGGUCCGGACUCACUCCCAGCAGAAGAUGAAGAGGGCUUCGUUGUGGCCAAAAGUAUUCCCAUGGCUUUCUGGCCCGCAGAGGAACGAAUCAACGCGAGUCUAGGAAAAGGUGAAGGUUUGAAGGGCACUAUUCUUAUGCGAUGGGCCAGGAUCGAUGAUGUAAAGAAGAAGAGGGCGAAAGAGGAGAGCGCAUUCUACAGGAAAUAUGGAAUGGAUGCCGGGAAGGAAGCGGAGAAGAGAAAUAAGGACUUGGAGGCGCGGAUAGACCCCAGGUCUGAGCUGGAGUCUCGGCUCGGUGGGACAGACGUAUCUAGUAAGAGGCGGAGGACUGAAACGGACAAGGACAAGAAGGAUGAGCUGGACCGAGAGCUGGAGGGCUUUUUGAAGGCAGAUAGCGAGGAUGAGGUCGAGGAGCCACCUUCGAAGAUGCGGUCAGAUUACCUUGAUGGUGGACGACAUGGUAGGGCAAAGAGUCUCUUGGAGAGAACAUCGGAGCUACGGAGUCAUCCUUCGGCGUCGUUGGCUGAUAGAAUUGUGGCGAGACUACCGAGAAGGGCUAGGAGAGACUCUCCACCUGAACGGGCUCCCCGCGAGCGUACCGGGAGAGCCUCUCCUACCAAGAAGAGCCAGCAGGAAUUAGACGACGAGCUGGACGCUUUCUUGACUGGACGUGGAUGAGGACCAUAUAGCAUAUCAUGUCUUUGCCAAAUUAUGCAGGUGUGGCGUCUUUCUUGGUGUACACGUCGGAGCUUACCGGGGCCACAGUCCCACCAUCCAUGUCGAAGUACUUACCAAUUGUAGUCAGUUCACAGGAUACUUUUAUCAGAAUCGAAAGCACUGUGAACGCCCGCUUUCGGACUGUUUGAUCGCAUCUGCGUCCAUCCAUGCGUAUCGCUCACUG